CUUCUACACAGCCUCCAGCCUGACUCCUCCUACAACACGAGUGGUCACGUGGUUGUGAGAUCGUCAAAGAAAGGCUGCCGUGCAUGCUGGGAUUUGUAGUUUUGCAGCAGCUGGAGGGCCACAGUUUGGACAUCAUUGAAUUAGAGGGACCAGGUCCUACCCCACUAGGAGCGUCUCCCCCCCUGUGCACCUACACUACCAUGUACCUAUCCGUCCAUGUGCAGCUGACUCUUAGUAUUUAGGUAGACUAUGGAAGAGGCGGAGACUGUCAUGUGACUGUGAUGUCAUCCAGGUCCUUCCCGAGGAUAGGAAAUCGCCUCUACCUCGACUCCUAGAUCUAUAGCUGAUUGAUAGAGGUAGCGGAGUGUGGAGUCUUAUUCUGUGUAAUAUGGCAGACGGCACUGUACCUGGGGUGUUUAGGAUAAACCUAGUGUUCUCCUGGUGUUUUUAGCUUCUCUGCCUCCAGGGACCACUGUACUCCGUCUCUAGAGGAAGAGAUAAAAAAUGAUGCAGGUCAAAUAUUAACCGCUGACGCUUCUUCUGGUGGGAAUCAGGAAGUACAAGUGAAAGGACUACAAAUCCCAGAAUCCUACAUCGUAUCACUUCCAGUGUGGUGUUUAGGGGUGAUUGGCUGAAGUGUUAUGGAGAUACCUGGAUUCACUACAAAGCUGCUGGGAAGAUUUUGAUCAAGUAAAGUAUUUCACGGUUCCACUAUGACGGAAAAGAACCACAUUACCGAGAAGAUACUGAACCUCACCUUGGAGAUCAUCUACCUACUGACUGGAGAGGAUUAUUCCCAACAUGUCGGUAAGCAUGUAGGAACCAUGUGUGGCAGUCCUUGUCAGCCAGGAGGAUUGUACAAGACUGUAAGCGCUAUUACAGAUCCUCCACCUUUGUCAGAGGUUCGUAGAAAGAACGAUCAUCAGAAGAUCCUAGACCUCACUAACAAGAUCAUUCAUCUGCUGACUGGAGAGGUUCCUAUAAGACAUGAGGACAUCAUUGUCUGUUUUUCCAUGGAGGAGUGGAAGUAUUUAGAAGGUCACAAAGAUCUCUACAAGGAUGUCCUUAUGGAGGAUGACCCAUUUCUUGGUUGCAAUGAUUUUCCAAGCAACGAGAACUUGUCAAUGAAGCUUAAUUCCCACACGUUAUCCCCUGAUACCACAUCUGAGGAUCAUUUAUUAACAUUAUAUAAGCCAAAGGCCAAAAGCAAUGUUGAAGAUCUCCAAGAUGUUACCCUCAGAAUAAAGCAUGACCAAUUCACAGACUUUUCCACCUGUACACAAUACACACAGACGGAACCUGUGGACAGUGGAAAAGGGGUAUUGUCUGAGGACAACGAUGAUGAUGUUGUUUUUGUUCCCACAGAAAAUACUCUGGUGGGGUAUUCAACUGAUCCCCCCAGGUCAUAUAAUGAGGGGAGUCACAAAGACUCUGACUUUUGCUUGCUCACUGAACAGAUCCAAAACACAUCUGAUCAGGUUGGAACUGAGGUGGAGUCUAAUGGCGUUCUUGCAGUUGACAAUAUUUACUCACCGACAUGUCUGAAAUCCACGGAUCUAACAGACCAGCCAACAAAAUGGGUAACCAAUGUAAACUUUGUAGGAUGUCCAAUAACCCCCCACCAAAUUAAUACCCAAUAUACGCCAAAUUGUUUUAUUGAGGUUGCAUCCGUUUGCGAAGAAGGAAAUGUCACCAACACAGAUGUUUACACUGCCACUGACCAUAACAAAAUGGAAGAGAUCCCCAUGUCAUGGGGGAAAGGUGUAAUGUACACUGACAUAUACACAGCUGCAGAGUUAACUCAAGCAGAUCUAGCUAGUAUAAAGAAAGAACUGGUUUCAUGGGAAGAAGGAAACCUGGAGCUCCAGACUAUUUAUAUACCUCCAAAACCUAUGGUAGAAAAAACAGUGUCCACUAAUGGUAGAGUUAAGGCAGCACAAUGGAAUGGGAGUCAGGCUCAUAGAGACUCUUAUCCAUCAUUGGAGAAUACACUUCCUCAUAUUAAGACGGAAUAUGAACAAGGCGAUUUUGCAGACCACUAUGCAACUCCUGAGCAAAGCCAACCUACUCCCACACCAUUUAACCCAGAAGAUUGCCAUAUGGAAGCCAUUAAGAAAGAAAGGGUGAAUACGAAUGUGUCUGUAACUGGUUUUACUACUGAUGAUGAAAAUGAUAAUAGUACAUCAGCAAAUGCUACAUCCCAAACACUACAAAUGUACAGUUGUUCCGACUGUAAAAAGUGUUUUUCCAAUGACACGAAUUUAGCCAAACACAGGCUUAUGUGCAGAGGUAGAAAGCCGCAUGUCUGUUCCGGCUGCGGAAAAUGCUUUGCUAGCGCCUCCUAUCUUGUAAUACACGAGAGAAUUCACACAGGAGAGAAACCAUACGCUUGUUCCCACUGUGGCAAAAGCUUUACUCGGAAACCUGAUUUGAUCCGUCACGAAAGGAUACACACAGGGGAAAAGCCAUUCGCCUGCCCAGAAUGUGGUAAAUGUUUUACCAGCGUAUCCAAUAUAUUUAUGCAUAGAAGAAUCCAUACUGGAGAAAAGCCUUUUCCUUGUGCUGAAUGUGGCAAACGUUUCAUCAAAAAGUCUGACCUGGUCCGCCAUGAGAGAAUUCAUGAAACACCGAAGCCUUUGUCUUGUCGUCAAUGUGGGAAGUAUUUUUGUUCAAAGAGCAUUCUAAAUAAACAUAUGGCUGUUCACACAGGAAAGAGGCCAGAGACUGAUCAGGGAGGCAGUUGAUUUUUUUACUUUUUCUUGUAUAUGGUGAGAAAAAAAUGGUUACAUUUAUUUUAUAUAUAAUAUAUUGUAAAAUGUAUUUUUUUAUGCUGAACAUUUAGAUCAGUCACAUGAGAAAAUAAUUGACUUCUGUAUAUUUCUGUAUAGCCAUAGGUAUAUGACCUCCAAAUGCACAAAGAAACCAACCCCAGUUUUGCCUUCAGUUGUCAGGGUUUGCAGCUCCGCUGCGUGCACUUGAAUGCAAAUAAAUAGCAAUAAUGGACAAAUAUCGAAAUUGCUGAAUAAAAGGAGUACUCCGGGAUAUGAAAACCUAUCCUGAGCAUACGGGAUAAGUUUCAGAUCACAAGAGGUCCAAACACUGGGACCCCCCCAUGAUAUCCCAUACGGAGCCCUGGCCAAAUAGCAUGUGUCGACCACAGCAAGAAGGAGCAGCAGACCCGCCCCCUCAAUGCAGCUCUAUGGCAGAACUGAAAAUUGCUGAAUGCAGCGCUCCGGCUCUCCCAUAGAGUUGUAUUAGGGGAGAGUGUUAGCUGCCGCUUCGCGCAGUGGUUGAACACACUCCCUUCCUGCGGAUUGCCGGGGCCCCGUAUGGGAGAUUGCAGGGGGUCCCAGUGGUCGGACCCCCCGCAAUCUGAAACUUAUGCCCUAUCCUUAGGAUAGGGAAUAAGUUUUCAUAUUCAAGAGUACCUGUAUUAUCCAUGUCAAGGCUUUCCCCAUCUUCUCAGUCCAUUCCAUCAAAUGUUUUCAAAUUAACUGGUGCCAGAAAGUUAUAUGGAUUUGUAAAUUACUUUUGCCUUCCAGUACAUAUCAGCUGCUGUAUACUGCAGAAGAAGUUGUGUCUUUCUUUCCAGUCUGACCACAGUGCUCUCUGCUGCCACCUCUGUCCAUGUCAGGAACUGUCCAGAGUAGGAGAAGAUCCCCAUAGCAAACAUUUCCUGCUCCCUAAAGUUCCUGACAUGGACAUGGUCAGCAGAGAGCACUCUGGUCAGACUGGAAAGAACCACACAGACUAGAGAAUAAAGCAGCUGAUAAGUACAGGAAGGAUGGAGAUUUUUAAAUAGAACUAAUUUACAAAUCUGUUUAACUUUCUGGAGCCAGUUGAUUUAAAAAAAAAUGUUUUCACUGUACUACCCCUUUUUACAAUCAUAAUCUGGCCAUAUGUACAUGAACAGGUAAAUAUGUGUUAUUUAUAGAGUUUAUUUAGGCUGUGUUCAUAUAUAUUUAGGACAAUAUAUGUCUGUCUACUCUAAUAAUGAUGAUGUGUAUGGCAAUCUGGUUGAAUGUAUUUAAUUUAACCAGCUCCCUAAAGAACUAAUUUACACCAUAUUAUAGAUUAUUUCCUUAGGAUUUAAUGUAGACUGGCAACAUGUUUUUUUUUUUUUUUUUUUGUGUGUGUGUGUGUGUGUGUGUGUGUGUGUGUGUGUGUGUGUGUUUUACAUAAUGAUAUGUAAUGCUGAUGAUAAACUUUGAACUGAUGAUCUUUUUCCAGUUUCUGCUAAGGUUGUUUAUUUAGUCUGGGUGUUUUUCUGACCAAACCAACUUGGGUAAAGAGACAAAAAGAUUUUGUUAUUUCAAAUAUAGGGUUUUUCCCGAAAAAUUGAAAUUUUUGGAAAAAUGUAAAAAAAAAUUUAGGGUCGAGUAGUUGUAUAAAUUGAAAUAAUUUCAAUGCUGGAUGUUGGUCUGACCAUUUUACUGGAAAAUAAAACCAAUUUACUCCGAAAAUAGUCAAACAUUAUAUGUGAUGGGAAGUACAUUAAUAGGAAUCCAACAAAUAAAUGUCAAUUAAGGCCGAUCUGAAAGGACAGAAACAUCAACUACUGUAAUAUCAACAAGAUUGAGCCCAACCACAUAGCCUUGGUAUUCAUAACUGAGAGAAUGUAACAUAAAUUUAUUAACCUAAACAAACACUCUAUAUAUGUUUUAUCUAUACACUCUAAAUGUUCAAAAUGAUUUCUAUUGCUGACACGCCAGAUGUCUAGGUGAUAAUCCAGACGCGUACCAGCAUAUUCUCGGAUAUGGACUCCACUAUUUCAGUGAUGCGUUGUCUCAGGUUGUUCAGAUCCUAUGUUUGGGGGGGUGCAGAUACAGAGUCCUUGAUUUAGCCCCACAGAAAGAAGUUGCAGGGUGUUAGAUCUGGUCCUCAUGGAGACCAGCGCAACAUUGGUGAAUCGGUGUUUCCAGCGCGAAGGACCAACGUUCCAGUGAAGUUUAAUAAAGGUAUUGGUGAACAUCCAAACGGGAAUGUGGAGGUGAACCAUCCUGCUAAUAGAGAAAGAUCUGCCAAACAUAGAUAAUUUAAAUUAUGCUGAGAAGCAAUCAGAUCAUUAUACAAGAUUGUUGAGGUGCGACCAUGCCUGUUUCUUCUAGCCGAAUAGAUAAUUUAAGGCAUAAGCCAUUCCUUUUAAAGGGGUACUCCGGUGAAAACC